AUUAGAUACCUCGAUGGAUCUGAAAAGUGAGUUUGGAGACUGCAGAUUUGUGAUAAUGCAAGGAAGUGCAGACCGAACAAAAGAUCUUGCGAAUUUCUUUCAUAAUUCGUUAGAGUUGCCGUUUGGUGGAAAGGAAAUUGGAAAGACCGAACGUUACUCGAUGUACAAGGUGGGAAAGAUCCUGUGUGUGAGUCAUGGGAUGGGCAUGCCCUCGUUGAGUAUAGCUCUCAAUGAAGUGUACAAGCUUCUUCACUACGCUGGUUGCCUUGACAAAUGUACUUUCAUUCGCUGUGGUACAUGUGGGGGCAUUGGCGUAGCUCCUGGAAGUGUGGUUGUAUCAACAGAAUGCUGUGACGCUGAUCUCAAUCACUUUUACACACAGUCCGCGCUUGGCAAACACUACCAAUACCCUGCGAUCGCUGAUCCCGAAGUGGUUCGUCACCUCCAAUUGCUCGCCGAAGAGAACGGAAUCCCCGUGGUGUCCGGCGUUACUCUGUCUGCUGAUGGAUUCUACGAGGAUCAAGGUCGCACAGACGGUUUCUUCUGUGAGUACGAGGAGGCGGACAAGUUCUCCUUUCUGCAGAAGCUCCACGCUGCGGGCGUGUGCAACAUCGAGAUGGAGGCGCUGCUGUUCCUGGCGUUUGCUCGACGCGCGGGUGUGAAAGCGGGCGUGGUCUGCACGGUGAUCGUGGAUCGACUGAAGGGAGAUCAAGUCACAUCCACUGCAGAGGAAUUGGAAGAGUUUAUGUGCGCGAACUGGAAGUUGCUGAGUCAUUUUGUGUGUGAAUAAACGAGUGGAACAC